AAGCAACUGUUUUUCAGAGACAGCCUCUUGGGUGACAAAAGUCAGAGACCACCCCAGCAAAACUUCCAACUCUGAGUGCUGUCUGAUGCUUUUCUCACUCCUCAUUGGCCAAGAAGAGAAAACAACAAAAAAUAAAUGUGCUUCUAAAGUUUACAGUAAACUCUCUCCAGCCUCUCCCUCCCCUCUUUCAUUCUUUCAGAGAAGAAGUCAAAGGAAGUCUGAUGCUAAGAUGCCUGCAGGUUGUUGGAGCAAUUCUGUCAUCUGUUACCUUUAAAAGAACCAGGAAAUAUUUCAAGUGGGAGAAAGUCUGUGCCAUACGAUAGUGAUAUACAUUUUAUACUUUUUUUUUACUGAGAAAAGAAGAGAUCUGAAAACGCUCACAAGCAAAGAAGGCUUGAAGAGAUCACUUUUGAAGUUUAUCUUUUUGGAUUAAGCUGGACACUCGCCCUUCUCUUCUUCGCCAUGAUCCAAUGCUAUGGGACCCGUCUCGGAUCAUUCCUUGCAAUCACAAUGUUGUUUCUACUCAGAGAGGUCAAAGGAAAUUUUGAGCUAACCAAAUCUAAAUGGCUUGAAUAUAAAGAUGAAUGUUUGAAGAGACUACAAGAAUCUCAAAUUAGCAAAGGAAUAUAUUGUAAUGGAAGUUUUGAUCAGUUUGCUUGCUGGCCUCAUUCGCCACCAGGAAAUGUCUCUGUUGCUUGUCCAUCUUAUUUACCGUGGCUUAAAAAUGGAAGUGCAAGAAACGUAUACAGAGUCUGCUUGGAUCAAGGGAUUUGGCAAAACAUCGAAAAUACAACAGAGGUUUGGAAUAACCGCUCAGAAUGCCUUGAGGAGAAUGAUUUCAAAGUAAAAGUGAGUAGGCUCAUCUUUUAUGGGAGACACGUUCACUAUUUAAGCUUCUCUGGAAAUCCUCUUUUGCCCUACUGGCCAGAAGACCUUGCAUUGUUUAUGGUACUUGAAAAACUUUCUACUGUGGGAUAUUCUAUUUCUCUUGUUUCCCUUGUCUUAGCAUUCAUCAUUCUGCUGUUAUUUAGGAAACUGCAUUGCACGAGAAACUACAUCCAUAUGAAUCUCUUUGCUUCGUUUAUCCUCCGAGCUGCAGGAGUUCUAAUAAAAGACAGCAUAACACGCAGUACUUACAAGUUUAUUUCUUCAGAAUCUGAAAUGCCGGCUGAUGAAAGUGGAUGGAUCUCUUCCUUGAGUCCAGAGAAACUAGCCUUAUGCAAAAUGGGUCCUCUUUUCAUGCAUUAUGUUGUUGGAGCAAAUUCUUACUGGCUUUUAGUGGAAGGAAUUUACCUCUACAGGCUAUUAGUAGCUACUGUGCUGUUUGAGAAACAUCAACUGUUGAGAUACAUCUUCAUUGGAUGGGGUUUUCCAGUUUUGUUUGUAGCUCCUUGGGGAAUAUUAAAAUACCAAUUGGAUCAUAACGUAUGCUGGUCAACAAAUGAGAACAUGAUAGUCUGGUGGAUCAUUCGAGGACCCAUGUUAUUUUCCAUUGUUGUUAAUUUCUGCAUCUUCCUGAUCAUUCUGAAACUGUUACUUUCCAAACUUAAAGCUCAGCAGAUGACCUUUCGUGACUAUAAGUUCAGGUUGGUAAGGUCAACUAUGGUGUUAAUACCUUUACUUGGAAUUCAUGAGAUCCUUUUUAGUUUCAUUAUGGAUGAUCACGUUGAAGGAUUCUCCAGGAAUGUCAAAACCUUCAUCCAGCUAACCAUUGGCUCUUUCCAUGGUUUUCUCGUAGCACUAUUAUACUGCUUUUAUAAUGGCGAGGUAAAGGCUGAAUUACGCAAGCAAUGGUCUCGUUUCUUGCUAGCAUAUCCCUUUGUCUGUAUGCCCUGCUUUCUUGGAAAGAACAUCAAGCACCUAAGGAAAUGUCCAAACAAGCACCAUUUGAGCAAUAACAAUCCCUCCCUUGAGGUGACACAGCCUCCCAAAAAGCAAGCGGCCAAAGUGAGAACAUGCUACAAUAUGGAACGAGGCCCCACAGAAAGACACAACUUCAGAGCAAGUGUUUCUGACAGCAGCGAAGAAGAAAUCGCCAAUGGGGAGACCAUUGAAGAGGCUCUGGAGGAAAAUGAGGGUUAGAACCUUUAAGAGAAAAUGAAUUUGUUGGGAUCUAUCUUUUGCAUGGAAGCAACUGGAAUUAAAGAUCCUAUGGAAAGGGCAAAAUGAAAGCAGCUUUGGUACAUCCCCCCCACCCCAAUCCAUUCUUCAUUUUGUCAGUAAAACAAAUAUUGGCAUAGGCUAGGAGCAGCAAUGUCACUUUUCUUAGUUCUCAGGAACUGGAUCUGGUAUCAACACUAUAUGGAAUAAAAUGAUGUCUCCCUCACACACGCAGUGAGAGUGUCUGCUGCUCCUUCUGAAACUUCCAGCAUGAGGUCCUACCAGAGGCUGACUGCUACUCUGACUGAACCAAGGUUCAGAUUUCAGGAGGCUGCACUUCAGGACUACAAGGCCUCUUAUGAUACCACUGAAACAACUAGCUAAAUGCACCAAGUGAAUAAAGGAACUGGUCUGAGAGUCAGUUUACCAUACAUUUAGAUGCUUGCAUGUAUACACCUGAAAGCAUAUUUUUUAGCCUUUGCUAAAAUAAUAGUUAAAUCAGAGCAACCAUGUUUUAGGACACAGUUAUUAAUGCUUUGUUUUUCAAUAUAUUUUGCAAGUCCUAAUUUCUGUUAUUCUUUCAAUAUAUCUAUAAAGCAAAUCACUAUGACUUCCAUUACGUAAUUAGAACAUUAAUUUGACUUAAUCCAAAGGAGAAAAAUCUGAGAAAUUUGAAACAGCUGGAUGAAAUGAAAAAUAAAAUAAAAAAAUAUGAGGAGCGAUCGGGAGCUGAGAGACUGCUGUAUGAAUACAUCUUAUUUCUCAAAUAGAAGGACAAGCUGAAAUGCAACUUAAAAAGGCAAGAUGAAGCAGCAAUCAAAGGCAUUGCCAAGCAGUUGGAAAGGCUUCAUUUAGGAAUGUGUAUUUGUUCUCAAUGUUUUUGUUUUAAAGGAAGAAUGACAGAAGCUCUUAUCUCUUUCAUUCCUGUCUAUGUUUCUUCUCCACAUUGUCCUCAACUGUAUUUCUUUCCAGAAGAGAGAGAAUAGAGGAACUCCAAGCUCCAAAGUAACCAGAAGCAUCUGCAUUCUGUCCCUGGAUUCAUAAGAAAUGCUAGGUUUCUUCCUCCACUAUCUUGGGUUGUGGGUUAACUUCAGUUACUGUUUUUAUUUAAUUGCAUGCAUUGGCCACUGCUGCAGUAUUUUCUCUUCUUGCCAGUUGAUGGCUUUUGCCCUUGCUCCAAUAAUUAGGUUUAUCUAAUAAGUAUGGAAGCAUGGACAUGACAUUGCACAUGAGUUUAGUUUAAUCAGAGUUUAGAUGUAAAAAAAUUAACCUUAGUUUAAUUAUAACCACUAUUCUUAAUCUCAGGUAUCUGUCACAAGAUUUACAGUAUCUCAUAUUGCUAUUGUAAAACAGGAUUUUUAUCCUAGGGAAGUUCAAAGACGUCCUACUUAUACCCAUUCUCCUCAUGUAAAGGAGUUGGCUUUGUGUUACGGUUUGGCUUUGUGUUAUAGGUAGCCAGUGAUUGGAGGUUGGAAAAGUGGACACAGAUUUAAGUGCACAAGCAAUUGAAAGCAAAGUGGAGCAAAUUCCAACCAUACCAACUUCAGAAGCUCCAACAGUCAAUAGACAGCCUGCAGCUGUAAUAACAUUUCCCCCUUGCAGCCUUUGCUUUAAUGGCAGGAUCAAGGAAUCCAAAGUUAACAUACCAAUAAAAAAGGGAGUAUAAAGGGAGUUACUAAUAAAAAAGGGAGUAUAAUGAAAUGGGGAAAUAUUUACUCCUAGAAGGAUUUUUCUAGUACAGAAUAAACAGUAGUAUAAUUAGUAGAUAUGUCUUGAUUCAAGGAGGGAAAAAGAGGCAAUUUAAUAACAUCAGAAUCUGGAAAGAAACCUAAACAUGGUAAAUGUUCUAGACAUACUGGAUUUAAAUGGAGAGACUACGGCAUGAAAAAAGAGAAAUAGAUAAAAGAAAAGAUGCUAAAAUGACUUUUGAAUAAAUUAGUAGCCUGUAGAAG